AAUCCUACUGAUACUACCAUGGCUAAUGAGUGUGAAAAAUGUUCUGACUUGGACUGCCAUGGGAGCUGGCUUAGCUCUUCAUGGGAGAGGAAAAGAAGCAUUGGAGCUGUUGGAUGCAAUGGGGGAUUUCGGUAUUAAACCUAAUCCGGUGACUUUCACUAGCUUGCUUUCUGCUUGCUGUCAUGCAGGGCUUGUUGAAGAGGGACUUAAGUUGUUUCACAAUACGAGGAACACGAUCGGUAUCGAGCCUCAUAUACAACAUUAUGGCUGCAUUGCUGAUCUACUCGGCAGGGCCGGAUAUAUAAACGAAGCCAACGAUUUCAUCAUAGAGAUGCCAAUCAGACCUGAUGCCAUAUUGUGGCGGAGUUCAUUAAGCGCGUGUAAUGUUCAUGGAGAUCUUGCAAUGGCUGAGAAGGUAGGGAAGAUUCUGCUCCAACUCGAGCCACCAAAGAAUUCUCUACAUGUGCCUGUUACCGGUGAAGAUUAUAUUGCUUUAUCAAAUGUUUAUGCUUCUGCCGGAAGGUGGCGACAAGUGGAGAUGGUACGAAAGAAAAUGAAAUCAAAGAGGGUAGAAACCAAACCCGGUGGUAGUUUCAUACAGACCAUCGGCUAAUCAACUUGAUCAACUAAUUGAUUAUG